AUGAUAUCAGCUCCUCUUCCUGAAAAUAUUCCAGAUGAUAUUAAAGAUGAAAUUGAAAGGUUAUAUGAAGAUGUGCCGCCAUUGAAGUAUCAAUAUGAAAUAUUAGACAAGAUUGGCGAAGGUACAUUUUCUACAGUGUAUAAAGCUAAGGAUACAAGAGGGGUGCUAAUAAGAAGGUUUGAGUCCCAUUUUUGGGAAACUAAAGAGAAAUAUGUGGCUUUAAAGAAAAUUUAUGUUACUUCUUCACCGCAAAGAAUUUUUAACGAGUUAAAUCUUUUAUACAUGCUAUCAGAAUGCACAAAAGUAGCACCAUUAUGUGACGCCAAACGUUGCAAAGAUCAAGUAAUUGCUGUUCUUCCAUUUUAUCCUCAUGAAGAAUUUAGAAAUUUCUAUCGAGAUCUUCCAAUAAAGGGUAUAAAAAUGUAUAUGUGGGAAUUGCUACAGGCACUUAAAUUUGUUCAUGCAAAGGGGAUAAUGCAUAGAGAUGUCAAACCAACAAACUUCUUAUUCAAUCCAGAGUUAGGCCGUGGUGUACUAGUAGAUUUUGGUCUUGCAGAAAUGCAACCAGAAUACAACGAUCUCAAAAGCUUGGAAGAUCAAGGUUCAUAUUCUGUAACUGAAAGACGACAUCAAGAACAAUUUUGCCCUUGUCUUACAGACAAACAACACUCACAUACAAGUAACAUGCCUAUGCUAACCAUUCAUAACGGAAAGCUUAUACAUUUAAAUAAUGUAAGCGGGGUUGACCUGACUAAAGGAUAUCCAAAAAAUGAAACAAGAAGAAUAAAGAGAGCAAAUAGAGCAGGUACCAGAGGGUUCCGUGCUCCAGAAGUUUUAAUGAAAUGUGGUGCCCAAACAACAAAGAUUGAUAUAUGGUCUGUCGGCGUUAUACUGUUAAGCUUUUUAGGUCGAAGAUUUCCUAUGUUUCAAAGUUUGGAUGACACUGAUUCAUUACUAGAAUUAUGUACAAUAUUUGGCUGGAAGAAUCUGAAAGAAUGUGCCUCAUUACAUGGAUUAGGUUUCGAAAUAAAUGGAAUACCCCAAAUUAGAGAGCACGAAUUUAACGGAGGCUUGAAAGGGUUUGUAUACAAAUUACUAGACGCCGAAUGUAAAAAGGGUACCUUCCCUGAAUAUAGCAUUGCAUUUGAAACCUACAAAUAUUUACAACAACAUUUCCAAGAAGGUGGCUCAAUUGAACCUGAGUUACCUGAUGUUCCAGAAUCACAAGCAUACCAAUUACAAAAAUAUCAACAAGAAGUUUGGACUGAUCAUUAUUGGGGUUUCAAAUUGCUCGAUCAAUGUUUUGAAAUGAACCCACAUAAGCGUAGUUCUGCUGCUGAAUUAUUAGAAAGUACAUUCUUUGAUGAACUACGUAAUCCUGUGAUGUCAGAAAAUGAUAAUGAAGCAGAUAUGACCGAAGGGGAGUCUGCUACUUUUGAGAAUGAAACUGAUGAAGAAGAGUUUUGGUGA